GGGCCUGUCUCACUAAGCGCUAAGAUGCGUCUUAAGCGGCCUUAAGUCCUGUUAUAGGACUUAGUGUAAGAUGCAUCUUAGCGGGAGUUUCACAAAGCCCACUAAGACGCGUACCGUACUUAGUACCCCUUAAACUAAGUUGCAUACAGGUCGUAGCCUACGUCUCGUCGAGACGAGACGUAGGAACAGUUCUUAGUGUAAUGUCAUGUGAUAAAUUUCGCGCCAAAUUUGAAAGUCGUUUUAAUUCUCGAUGAUGGCCGACCUUCAAAUCUUGAUGGCCGAUCGGGUGGCCCAGAGGGCUUCGUCGAGAGCGGGUUUUUCGCGACAGACAAAACCCUUUGGAUAGGUUUAAUGAGGACGAAAUGUACGAGAGGUAUAGAUUUUCCCGAAGAGGCAUUAUGCUACUUCUAAAUACCUUGGCACCGCGAUUGGAUCGGGAGACAUCCAGAAGCCACGCCAUUGAUGGGCGGUUGCAGUUGUUAACGGCGCUGCGUUUCUACGCAAGUGGCACCGUGCACCACAACCAUGGUGAUCAUCACGGAGUCAGCAAGGCCAGCGCAAGCAGGAUUGUUCGUCGUGUUAACCGUGUUUUGAUACGGAUGAAACACGAUAUCAUCAGAUUCCCGACAACCCCUGCUGAAGUUGCAGCCAGUCAAGCCGACUUCUUCGCUGUGAGCGGUAUGCCCCGAGUUGUGAGUGCCGUUGAUUGCACUCACGUUUUGUUGAGGGGUGCAAGAUACGGAGACGACGCAUAUAUCUAUGUCAACAGAAAGAGACAAAAGAGCAUAAAUGUGCAACUCAUGUGUACGACGCGGUUCAAGAUUACCAAUGUUGUUGCAAGGUGGCCAGGAUCGACACACGACAGUCGGAUCCUGACACACAGCAACAUUGCUGCAGAUUUUGAGGCUGGGAGGAAGGAAGGUGUCAUCAUUGGUGACAGUGGGUACCCCCUCAAGCCUUGGCUGAUCACACCAAUCCAAAAUCCACAAACACCGGCAGAAUAUGCAUAUAACAGAGCUCAUCCAAGAACACGGGUCUUCAUAGAACAGGUGAAUGGGCAAAUUAAGGCAAAGUUUCCGUGUCUUGCUGUUGGGCUUCGAGUGGCACCCAAACACGCAUGUCGUACCAUCGUUGCCUGCGCAGUUCUGUUCAACAUGGCCAAAGAGAUGGGAGAACCACAAGACUACUUUGUUCAGCCUCCUCCAGAUCCAGCCGAUAUCAAUGACUACCAAGGUCAACCUGGAGCAGUCGCCAUUGCAGUUCGAGACCAAAUUGUACAAGAAUUUUUCUGAAUGUCUAUUUUGGCUUCAUUUUUGUGAACUCUAGAACUUUAGAACGAAGUAAGGUAUUGUGAUGAAACUUGGUAUUUGUAUGCAUGAUCGUGUAAGUUUCAGGCAGAGGCACAUUUCUUAACUGCAUGAGGUUGAUUUUGUUUCUACUCGUUUUACACACUUGAAAUAGAUUUACCAGGAUUGGUAAAUUAAAUGUUCUCAUAAAUCCAUAUCAAUGCAAUGUAAUCAAAGCAUUUCUUCACUUGUCAUGUAUUUCACUUUUUCAGGUUGACUAUGUUGUAAAAGUUACUGAUAUCUGAAUUAUCUCAUCAAAUCAAAUGUCACCAUUUAUUUAACAACUUUUUCAACAACAGGAUAUAUUCAUACUGGUACACAUAAGUUGUACAUAAUGUGACAGACAAUUUAAAUUUGUUAAAGGCCAGUAAUUUAAAUUUAUUACACUCAAAGAAAAGACAACUUUUGCUGUGGAUUUUCUGUAAAGCAGCAGUAGUAUUUAUUAUUCUGAUAAAAAUAACAGUCUAUUUCUACCAUAGUAGACCAUAACUGUAGCAGAUAAUAUUCUUCUUGAUUGAUAAGAGUAAAAAAUGUGUAAAUUCAAACAACCUAAAUUUCACACUAUGGGAGUUGUAUGAUGCAUCACAAAUGUUAUCAUAGCAUGUGGAUUAAAAUGCUCUCAUCAGUCUACCCAUUGAAUGUCAAAGGUUUUCUGUUAUUUACGAGUCUUUCGGUGUCAUCAAAAAAUAUCUUUAACAAUUUGCAGAAGAGUGAACAAUAAUAAAUU